UUUAAUUUUCAAAAGCUUAGGUAAGAAUUCAAUAAUUUUUUAUUUUGUAUCCUUGUUUUGUUGAAUCUAUGUAAAACAAAAAUAUUUUAAUGAAAACGUUUGACUCAUCACAACAAGUGUCAACAAAUAACGUUCACAAGUCUUGGUCGUAAAGUAGCAUGUGAGUAAGUCCAAGAUAUUUUCCUUUCAAAAAUUCUAACACAAUUUUUCUUCUUCAUACACUUAUUUAUACCCCACACCGCUUCAUUUCAAACCACAACACAACUUUGAGACUCUUUGACUUCAAACAAAACUUGUUCAUUUUCUCACUACUUUCUAUAAUAACUAAGAGUGUAUAUUUUUUGUCACAAUUUUGUGCAAGAAUUUUGAUUCAUACGUAUUAUAUAGUCAAGUGUUUUGAAGUUGAACUCUAAUUUGUGUUGUGAUCAUAAUUGUUAUAAGAUGACCAUGGCAAAGGGUGGCAAUAAUAAUCAUCAACAACAAUCAUUUGAAGUUUCUAUUGAUGCUUCUGAUUCCAAGUUCUUUGAUGACGAUGGUCAUUCAAAACGAUCAGGAAACAAAUGGACAGCAAGUGCACACAUAAUAACAGCGGUUAUUGGUUCUGGAGUGUUGUCGUUGGCAUGGGCUAUAGCGCAACUUGGAUGGAUUGCUGGUCCAUCAAUGAUGCUUCUAUUCUCAUUUGUUACUUACUACACCUCCACUCUUUUAUCGGUUUGUUACCGAACCGGUGAUCAACUCAAUGGCAAAAGAAACUAUACUUACACUGAUGCUGUUAGAGCAUAUCUCGGUGGCGCUAAGGUCAAAAUUUGUGGACUUGUUCAAUAUGCGAAUCUUUUCGGUGUUGCCAUUGGAUAUACUAUAGCAGCGUCCAUAAGCAUGAUGGCAAUCAAAAGGUCUAAUUGUUUUCAUAGCAGUGGAGGGAAAAAUCCAUGCCAUAUGAACGGAAAUCUUUACAUGAUUUCUUUUGGUAUUGUGGAAAUAUUUUUCUCUCAAAUUCCGAACUUUGAUCAGUUAUGGUGGCUCUCUACUUUAGCUGCUGUUAUGUCUUUCACAUAUUCUAUUAUUGGACUUGGCCUUGGUGUUGGUAAAGUGAUAGAAAAUAAAGGCAUUAAAGGAAGCCUAACCGGUAUAACUGUUGGCACUGUCACACAAACUCAAAAAGUUUGGAGGAGUUUUCAAGCUCUUGGUAACAUAGCUUUUGCAUACUCCUACUCAAUGAUCCUCAUUGAAAUUCAGGACACAAUCAAAUCUCCUCCUUCCGAAUCAAAAACAAUGAAGGCCGCAACUUUGAUCAGUGUUAUAGUCACGACAGUUUUCUAUAUGCUAUGCGGUUGUUUUGGAUACGCUGCUUUCGGAGACUUGAGUCCCGGAAACCUUCUCACAGGUUUCGGUUUCUAUAAUCCUUUCUGGUUACUCGACAUUGCCAAUGCUGCGAUUGUUAUCCACCUCGUUGGCGCUUUCCAAGUUUACGUCCAGCCUAUUUACUCAGCAGUGGAGAAAACCGCGGCUAAAAGAUUUCCCGACAGCGAUUUCAUCAACAAAGACUUUAAAAUUCCUAUCCCUGGCAUGGCCUCACCUUUAAAAAUCAACCUCUUUAGAUUAAUUUGGAGGUCAUCUUUUGUGGUCGUAACAACCGUUAUAUCAAUGCUUCUACCGUUCUUCAACGAUAUUGUAGGACUUAUCGGAGCAAUUGGAUUUUGGCCUCUGACGGUGUAUUUUCCGGUGGAAAUGUACAUCGUUCAAAAGAGAAUACCAAAAUGGAGCAUAAAAUGGGUUUGCCUACACAUGCUUAGUGCUGCUUGUCUUGUGAUUUCUUUAGCUGCUGCAGCUGGUUCGGUUGCUGGUGUUGUUGCUGAUCUUGGAGUUUAUAAGCCAUUCCAUGCUAUGUACUAGUUAUGUAACAGUGUUACUUUAGUGUUCACCAUCUUUAAGGAUUUAAGUAGCAAUAAAAAAGGGUUGGCUCUUGCUUAUUUGAAACCUCUAGGAUGGUGGUGUUCUUGUUAAUCUUGUAUUUUUUUUUCUACUUUUAUGUAACCUAUCUUUGUGACUUGAUAUGUAUUACAAAUUUCCAAUGAGAAAUGGUACAAAGGCUUUCAAAUUUUCGAACAA